AUGCAACUGACCACCUUAGACCACAAUAUUCAAGCAGUGUCUUAUUUGGUAUAUCUACGAAUCAAGUGCUGCACACAAUUUCUUGGUGUUACGCAGUUCUCUCCUACUCAUGCCAGAAAAGCCUUUCCUUGCUUCGACGAGCCUAUCUACAAGGCCACUUUCAAAAUCAGCAUCAGACAUCAAGCAACUUACUUAUCUUUGUCCAACAUGCCAGUGGAAACUUCUGUUUUUGAAGAGGAUGGAUGGGUUACAGAUCACUUUUCACAGACCCCUCUCAUGUCUACAUAUUACCUAGCUUGGGCAGUGUGCAAUUUUACAUACCGGGAAACUGUCACCAAAAGUGGAGUAGUUGUACGGUUAUAUGCAAGGCCUGAUGCAAUCCGAAGAGGAUCAGGGGACUAUGCUCUAAAUAUUACAAGGAGACUCAUUGAAUUUUAUGAAGAUUAUUUUAAAGUGCCCUAUUCCCUGCCAAAAUUAGAUCUGUUAGCUGUGCCUAAGCAUCCGUAUGCUGCUAUGGAGAACUGGGGACUGAGUGUCUUUGUGGAGCAAAGGAUACUACUAGAUCCCAGCAUUUCUUCUAUAUCAUACCUGCUGGAUGUCACCAUGGUCAUUGUGCAUGAGCUAUGUCAUCAGUGGUUUGGUGACCUUGUGACUCCAGUUUGGUGGGAGGAUGUAUGGUUGAAAGAAGGUUUUGCUCACUAUUUUGAAUUUGUUGGGACAGACUACCUCUACCCAGGGUGGAACAUGGAAAAACAGAGAUUUCUGACAGAUGUCCUACAUGAAGUGAUGUUACUGGAUGGUUUGGCCAGUUCACAUCCAGUGUCCCAGGAGGUGCAGCAGGCCACAGACAUCGACAGGGUGUUUGACUGGAUCGCCUAUAAAAAGGGUGCAGCUCUAAUUCGAAUGUUGGCUAACUUUAUGGGUCACUCUGUGUUUCAAAUGGGCUUACAAGACUAUUUAACCAUUCACAAGUAUGGCAAUGCAGCCAGAAAUGAUCUCUGGAACACAUUGUCAAAGGCUUUAAAAAGGGUAGGAAAGUCUGUAAAUAUCCAAGAAGUAAUGGAUCAGUGGACACUACAGAUGGGUUAUCCUGUUAUCACUAUCUUGGGAAAUGAAACUACGGACAAUGUCAUAGUGAUCUUCCAAGAACGUUUUGUUUAUGAUAGUGAUGCUAAACCCAAGGAUUCUGCGCUUGGAGACAACAGCUACUUGUGGCAGAUUCCAUUAACAAUUGCAGUAGGAAAUACGAGCCACAUCUCAUCAGAGGCAAUUAUAUGGGUGUCUAACAAAUCAGAACACCACAGAAUUCCUGCUUUGGAAGAGGCAAGUUGGUUGCUGGGGAACAUCAACCAGACUGGCUACUUUAGAGUUAAUUAUGAUAUUAGGAAUUGGAGGCUGCUAAUUAAUCAGCUAAUAAGGAACCAUGAGGUUAUCUCUGUCAGUAAUCGAGCAGGCUUGAUCGAUGAUGCAUUCAAUCUUGCCAGAGCUGGUUAUUUGCCUCAGAAUAUUCCUUUGGAGAUUAUCAGAUACCUUUCAGAGGAGAAGGAUUUUCUGCCUUGGCAUGCUGCCAGCCGAGCUCUUUAUCCUCUAGACAAAUUGCUGGACCGCACAGAAAGCUACAACAUCUUCAAUGAGUAUAUUCUAAGACAAGUCGCAUCAAUGUAUCUCAAGCUUGGAUGGCCAACAAAUAAUUUAAACAAAUCGCUUGUUCAAGCAUCAUACCAACAUGAAGAGUUGCGUCGGGAAGUCAUCAUGUUGGCCUGCAGCUUUGGUAACAAACACUGUCACCAGCAGGCUGCAACGUUGAUCUCAGAUUGGAUUUCUAGCAAUAGGAACCGAAUCCCACUCAAUGUGAGAGACAUUGUCUACUGUACAGGAGUUUCACUGAUGGAUGAAGAUGUAUGGGAGUUCAUUUGGAUGAAAUUUCAUUCUACCACAGCAGUGUCUGAGAAGAAAAUAUUGUUAGAAGCCUUAACUUGCAGUGAUGACAGAAACUUGCUCAACAGGCUUUUGAAUUUGUCUCUCAACUCAGAAGUUGUCCUGGAUCAGGAUGCAAUUGAUGUGAUAAUCCACGUAGCUCGAAAUCCACAUGGAAGGGAUCUUGCUUGGAAGUUUUUCAGAGAAAAGUGGAAAAUACUAAAUGCUAGGUAUGGAGAAGCAUUAUUUAUGAAUUCAAAGCUUAUCAGUGGGGUCACAGAAUUCCUUAAUACCGAAGAAGAACUAAGAGAGCUAAAGAACUUUAUAAGGAGUUACGAAGAGGGAGCUGCUGCCUCUUUCUCUCGUGCUGUGGAAACAGUGGAAGCCAAUGUGCGAUGGCAAAGGCUUUAUAAGGAAGAACUAUUCCAGUGGUUAAGAAAAUCCUUGACACACUAAUCUGUCUUUCCAGACAACCAUUUAACAUGAAGCUCUGCAAGAGGAAGAGGAGACAUUUUAGAAGUGUUCAACAUUAAAAUCAUGAAGACAAGAUCAGAUUGCAGGGAGAAGGGUUUUUUCCUUUUUUUUAAAAAAAAAAGUGGGAUUUUUUUUUUUUACACUGGGCUCUUGUGAAAUUGUCAAGAAGCUUUUCAGAAGAGAAGAUCAUGAAUGCUUGUGAAAUCCAGUCCUCGAUGUACACAGCCAAACAUGAUAUUGUGGUGCAUGUAAAUGUUGAAGAAAAACAAACAAAAACCCCUUCAAAGACUAUUUUGUGCAUGCUUCUACUGUCCCUGCCUAUAUUCUAGCAUGCUUAUGUAUAACAGCCACAUUUUGUAUGUGAGUUCAAGUUACAUCAAAGAUGGGCAUUAUACAAAGCACAAAAGACUAUCUAUGACAAUCAGUGUUGCAGUGAACAAAAGGAAAGGAAGGAAAAGGAAAUGCAGAAGGCUUCCAGUUUGGGGCAGUAUGAGAUGUAAAGUCAGCUUUCCCGCUAGCUGCCAAUUAGUCGACCCUCAGAUUGUCUCUUCAUGAUUACAAAGUCAUUUCUUGAGUUGCCAGUUGUUGUAUCUGCGGUCUCCAUAUUCCCAUAUUUCAAUGAGCAGCAUAAAGAGCAAGGAGACAGAAAAAGAUGGGGGGAAGAGAGAAAAUGAGAAUGAGAGAGAAGGACAGGAUCCAUGUAUUAUAAUUAUAUACAUUUUUUCACUGCUGGAACAGUGUAGUUUUAGCUGUGAACGUGUGUCUGAGGGGAGCUUUGCAUUGAUUGCACAGAAUCCAGAGCCACCUCUUCUCGGCGAUUUUACAAGGCAGUGGUAUUCACAACAGAUCACCCAACCUGUGCAGUAAUAAGUUAUGCAGCUGAUACUGCACAAUUCUUAUAAAUAAACAUAGGAUUCACAUGGAAAUUAGCAAACAGAGAGAAUACUUUGCAUGCAAAGACACAAAAUUAACUGAUUUAUUAUGAUAGACAGGUCAGAUUCUCUAUGUGGGCAAUACUGUUGCAAAUAUGGGAUGCACAAUUUAUGACCACUUAGAAAAGUGAAAUAUGGAGAAAGAGGGGUGUGGGGGUGUGUUUAUUUGUGCUGGCUAAUACUGAGAACAUGGUUUUCUUUCUGUUUCCUUGUAUUUCACAUAGACUAUUCUGGAUGAGUGAUGCUUUGCUUAAUCAUACAUUUGUUUCUUUUUUUCUUAGUCUCUAAUCUGAAAGAUCAGUGAUACAGUGGAACUGCUAUGUGUACAGUAACCAUCUGGAUAAAACUGAUGCAGGCCAAAUACUUGCCCAUGUUUGUACCAUGGAGACCCCCUCACCCCCAAACUAUGGAGAGUUUUCAGGAGGCAGAUUGCAGCAGCUUCAGAGGCGAAUGUAGAUGUACGAAUGUGUUCGUACAUGUGUAGAUGUGUUUCUUUAUCCCAUCCCAGCUUAUCACAACCAUCCAGCCACAUCAUGGCCCUGUACAUUGGCCAGCAAAAUAAAGAAUAGCCAUUUUAUCUGGUUGUUUCCUUCACAGGGUGUGGAAGUUACCAAUGUGCUUUACAGUUGCAGUUGCUUAUCCCCAGUAAGUUGUGAAUUGAAACAUUAGUGCAAAAAGAACCAAACCAGAUAUUAUCAAAGUUGUGCAGACGGUGGUGUUUUCUGGGCUCUGAUUCCCAUGGUACCCUGCUCCUCAAGAACUAGUAGACACAUCAUGUAACUAAGCUGUCAUACCCAUCUUGAGCCUGUCAUUUUGUGUCUUUUGCUGUUCAGAGGGUGCUGUUUGAGAAUUGGGUGCUUGAAAUCCUUGUGUGGGCAUUGGCUCCACUGUUUGGUGCUGUGUAGCACCACAUGUUACCUUGGCCACAUAUAGCCAGAAAAAGAGGGAAUCCUGUGCUCUUGUACUGUUAACUCUUUGCCUUAUCGUAAGCCCUAAACCUUUGUGCUGUGUUGCAAUGCUAAUGAAUCUAAUGCCCAGAGACAUUAUCAUGCCCAAGUUGAGUGAAAUCAUCCUCCUCCUCAUAUGUAUUUUACCUACCUCACAGGGGUGUUGUGAGGCUUGACUAAUGUUAGCAAAGCACUUGAAUAUUCUCUGAUGAAAGGCCUAUAAAAGUGCAAAGUAUUAUUUUAUGUGGUUGACCAAACUCAACCUCAAUGCCAGUAUGUAGCGUCACAUUUUUAAUUUCUGCUGAACAUAAUCACAUGCAGAUUUGUUAUAAUAAAGAAGCAAGCCAAAUAUUCUUUAAUACAACCUCUCCCCUGUAAUGAAGCCCAAAAUAGUGAUAUCCAAAGAAUUUGCAGAAAUCCAAGCCCUCAAAUGUGAAUUGUUUUGAGGGUUUCAGAGAAAAGAAGUGUGCGUGAUGGUCUGUCCCUUUGCAGUUUUAUUCAAGAUUGUCUUUGAUGACUUUUCUUUUUCAGCACCACAGAUUCAACCACAUACCUCCAGGAAGCACAUAGAAGUUUCUGGUCUUUCUGUUGAUAAAGGGCAGGCUAACGAUACAUUCCAAAGUUGAAAGUUUAUUUUAGCCUGUGUAUUUUGCACAGUGCACAGAAAUUUCCACUGUUGCUCAUUUGAAUUGAAAGUCUUGCACAUUUAGCAGGUGUUGGAUGUAAAUUGAUAUUUUAGAGGCCUUGAGCAACUGGUCUAACACAGAUACCAAGCCCGAGAUGUACCUGUUAAUACAUAACUAUUCAUGCAUUGCUAAUAAUUGCUGUAUUCUAGUAAUGCUCAUAUUACUUCUAUAGCUAAAGUUGAGCUGGCCUUUCCAUUAUAAUUCCCUAUUCUUUUAUUUUUUUUUAUACUUUGUAUUUUGCGUCUCACACUGAAUCAGGUUAAAAUUUAAAUGGAUUAAGUCCAACAAAACUAUAGCUGUUUUCUACAAUAUUCAACCACCCUGCAUUAAAUUUUAUGUCUUUAGAAACUUUUUUUAAUAAGAACCUCCACGUAGCUGUGUGUUAAAGAACAGUUGAUACCUCAUGGAAAACUCUAAUACAGUCCGCUUAGAAAAAUCUAUUUAUCUUAUUGAUUUUCUUUCUCCUUUUCCAGUCCUUUUCUUCCUUUGUCCUCAUCUAAAGAUUGGCCCCAUUUUUAUAAUUUGGAUUGUGAUUAGGAAGCCAAAUACCCCAAACUUGUCAGCAUUUUCAAAUCCAGGAUUUAAUAUUGUCCUUUCUAGUGAGAGGAGAUGCUGCAAAAUGUGGAUCCAAUGUGGAUGGGGACCUCACCCAAGCCCUGGGCAUCAUUUUGUAGAGAUUUGAUGAAGCCUGUAUCUUUAAUCAACCUUUGUAUGACUCAGGAUCCUUUGCAGUUAUUAAUUGUCAUGGCUUACUUAAGCAUAUAGGAAGACAUAUGAAUAGACACGAUGUUAUGCCAGCAUACCAAUAUGCCUAUUGUAAAAAUACUUGUUAUAUUUUUAUAACAUCAUCCACUAUGAAAAUCCCAGACUGUUACUUUGUGACUGAUAGAAUUAUUCAUGUGUGCACUGCUAAUAGCUGUUAAAAUGAUAGUAGGUACUAGUUUUGACUAGGACAGAACAAUGUGAAAACAUUCUUCUGAAAUUAAAUGUCACUUCUGCUGUAACUGGGAGUUUUUGGACAUUGAUUUUGAUGAAAAAUACUUAAUAUAUCCUUAAGUACAUCCAAAUUUGUGACCUUUGAUUAUCUUUUCAGUCAAUAUAGCAAGAAUUCUGAUAGUACAUUGGAAACUGAAGGUGAAUUUUGUGUAGCUUUUGGGCUGUUGUGUAUAUGCCACUGAGCUUUAGAGUGCCAAAGGAAAUAUCUCCACUGAUGCAGAAGGGUGCUUUCACAGCAAAGAUCCUGAACCAUACAAUUAAAUUCUUAGUAGUAAAGAAUAAUAAAAAAAGAAAAUUAUAUAUUUCUAUAUUCAUAUGAAAAAUCUUCUGUAGAGAUAAUUUUCCCAUAAAAUGUCAGUAAGUCUGAUUAUUUAAAUAGAAUGUAGCGAAGACAAUAUUUGCAGAUGAGGAUGCCUUUGUUUAGGUACCCGCAUAAUAAGAUUUUGGUUUUCUGUGUGAUCGUAGCUGAUACUGAAGUCAAUGAAAAUAGACUUUGAAUCAAAUGUGCAACUUCCUCUUUGAGGCAAAGGGAUGUGGCUUUGAAAGCUGUUUAAGUGUAUAAUUGACAUACCACCACUUCUGUUGUGAAUACUCCCCAUGUCGGGUUCCCUGCCCUAAAGCAGUGUUUAUAGCCAUAGUGUCAGCAUGAGCAUGAAGGAGUCAAAGAGACCAUCCUGCUUCUGAGCAGCCUGGAGAGAGCCUGUUUGCCCAGUGCUGGAUGGAGCAGUCCAAACGCUGCUGGCUGCAUCAUCCGCCGCUGCCACCAGCUUACCCAGGUCAGGAGGGCAGCUGGGAAUCACUGAAGUGCAGAGGGGCUCCAUCCAGGUUUCUCUCAGCUGGACAGGAAGGACAGAAGGUCCUUUUGCUGGUUAUGGGUUGUGGAUUGUCUUCAGAGGUUAUUGUUGUUGCCUUCUGCUCACAGUUAACAAAGGUCAAGCUAGUGAAGCUGCAUUGUGCAGAAAAACCUAAAUCCCCACUCUCUGGUCAUCCCAACUGGAAAACAUUGACCAAAAUAUUUGUAAAGGUCUAGAAUGUUAUAAUGCCCAUUCUUCAGAAUUAAUUUCACACAGUCAAAUAUUUUCAAUUUUCAAGUAUGCGUAAGAACACAGUCUUUUCCUUUAUGAUAUUUUUAUAAAUGUUGAAAAUGCGCCAUGAGUUUCUUGGGCCUUUUUUUUUGACAAAUAGCUUAGAAGGAUGUCACUACAAAUUAUUUGUGGUAAUAAUAGUAACAAUAGUCAUUACUGUACUAAUACCAUCCAAAAAAUCAGAGGUAUGUACAAACCUGUAUGGCACUAGUGACUGUGCAGUUCCCUUUUUGCAUAUAAAACUGUAAAAAAUUGGCCACUGUGUUUCCCAUGUGAUUGCAGAGUCUUCUGCCUAUCUUAAAACCAGUACUGAAACCCAGUGAAACCAUUCUGACUCAAGCAAGUAGUCCAUAUUGACAUAAGCAAUUUAGUUUUCCAUGAGAAGUAAGGGGAAAAGGGAGUGCUAUGUGUAAGGAUUUUUUACCAAAGUAAGGCCAUGUGCCCUAGUUGGAGCAGAAUUUCAAAAUCAAAUAUAUUUUGAAAAAGAUGGUUGAACUUAGCUCCAUCUCUUCUUUAUGCUGGCAGUGGAGGGUAGAGGAGGACUUCAGAACAGGCUCACAUGAUAAUGCAGUUGAGGUUGGAUUUUAUAGAACAGGUAUGGAGCCAGUUUCACUGAGAUGUGUUCAAGGAGAAUGAGCCAUGGGAACAAGUGGUGUGGGUCAGACCCAACGUCCUUUCUCAGAAGAAAACCAACCUUUGUAUUUGGCUGAUUUGUAACUAGUGAAUUAAGUGUGAAUUUGCCAAGCGGCAUUUCUGAAUGUUUUGCUUCUUUUACGUGCACUGUUUCCUAAGGGUGUCAGGGCGAUGUUGGUAGAGAACACGGCGCCAAGCAGCAUUGUGAGAGCAGAGGGGACUGUGAUGCAGCUGGUAGUCACGAGCCAGGAGGCUUUAGCCAGAGUGUCCCAACCUUUCCUGGACAGCAUCGCGUGGAUUUACCUGGUAAGGAGUAGCCUUGCUGCGACGGAUGAGGCCAAGAGCCAAGAUGCAGUCUCAGUUCUCGGCGACAUGUUCCAGUCCACUAAAUAUGUUCAUUUCUGUAAUUUCAAAAUAACCUGUAGCCAAACUGCCGGCACGUGUGCGGCCGCAGAUCCAGCGCUGGCACACAGAGAGGUAGAUCCGUUGAAGUGACUGAUGUGAACUGCAGCUGAGGAUCUAACCCAUCGCUUUCCAAACAGCCCCCCGAGGUGACGCCUGGGCUGGUGUACAGGGUGUUUCGCAUAUUUGUGUCUGUGUUUCGGUAGCACAUAUUGGAUGAUGGAUGUUUUUUGUUUUCCUUUUGCUUUUUGUUAGAACAAUACUUUGCGGUCAGUUCAAAUGUGAUAAAGCUUUAUAAUACGUUUGGAGAACUGCAGAAUGCUGUACUGUGAAGAGUGUGGCUACUACCCUCUCCUUUUCCUGCAAACACUAGAUUUCAGCAGAGAUGGACUUCACUGAACUUAGACACUCUGUGAAAAAAAAUAAUAUUCUGACAGUUUCUAAUGGAAACAUCAUUGUAAUUACUGUAUAACUACCCUGUACAAAGACAGCUUUAUUAUAUGUGUAAAUGUAAUUUUGCUAUGUUGUUUUUAUGUUUGAGGGACAAUAGGCUUUGGUGUGGGUGAGACGUAUAGCCUUAUAAAAACAGAGAUUGUAGCUCCCUGUCUGAUGUUUUACUGAAAGGUGUUCAGUUGCUCUAUUUUUGCAGAAGAUAAAACAUAAACCAGUUCCCUGAAAACUAAUGACCUAUUCCACUACACACACGUCAAUGACAUAAAUGGAUCAUACUAUUAAAAAUAAAGGCUUGAUAAUAAAUUGCAUUAUUUUCCCAAGAGACUCCACAUGUAAGAUCUUUUGACACCUUAAGAAGAGAGUCCUGCAGCUACUAAUGCUGAUUAUAAUGGAUGAGUCCCUCUAUUAAGUCUGUCUCAGCCUUAGAUUAAUUCUGAAUACUGUAAUUAGAAGAACGUAUUUUUCCAUCACUUCUCAAAUCUGUACUCUUUGGAAUUCAGUUCUUUGUCAGAUAAGAGAUGGAGCUGGCUCAGUUGAGAUACAGUUCGCCAAUGGUUUCACACAAAUGAGCCUUUGCAAGAUCAGAAUGCCGUCUUCAUUUAGAGGAAAUAUAGAUCAUUGCAUAGUUGCUUCUCUACGUACCAUACAUAACGGGCAUGUAUAGCUUCUAAUUCAGGACCGUUUUUCUUUGACAAAGCUUUCAUUGGUUCCUUGUAUUUAUGGCUGUUACUCAAAAGGUUCAACUGGGCAAAGCAGUUGAACAUAGGCAGGGUGUGAGGCUGUGUUGACCACGACUCGGCCGCUUCUGUAGGUGCGUGGGUUGUCCCCCUGAUUUCUGUGGGGUUAAUCAAGUGCUUCAAACUGUGCAUCAAAUCAUGCAUCUGGCUGAAACAGUCUUUCUGGAGAGUGACUUAGGUUGAAACCUGUUUCUGCACAGGUUUUAGGUGCAGGAUAUGGUGAUGUGUUUUUGCUGAAUUUGAAAUCACAACUUAUUUUAUAUAGAGCCAAUUGCUCUUCUCUCUUUUCUUUUUUUUAUAGGAAAGCAUAUAUUUUGCGUAUAGAGGGGAGAUGCUAACUGAUUCUCAGUAUAUCUAAAAAUGCCAAAUUUAACAAGGUUUUUGAUUUAUUGUUUGAAGCAUCCUAGGAUUUGAGAAUAAAACCAGAAGUAUUCUUACAGGGUUAAUUAAUAGAUAUUGAACUAAACAGCAAUUUAAACCACUAGCCAAAUAAAAUACAUAAAUUUCUGUUACGGUUUACCAGAAAAAUGUUUUUCUGUGGUAUGCCUUUAAAAAUUACACCAUAAAUAUGGGGCUGCUAUGUGUUCAACAUAAAAUUUUUAUUCCACCCUACCUAAGGACUGAGUCAAUGGAUUUUUUUUUUAAAUGAGAAACUUUAUCUUCUGUAUUUUAAGCAGAACAAAUUUGAAUUUUGUCUCUGAUAAUAAAAUUUUGUAUAGUAAUGUGUAA